AUGCCAACAUACGUAGUCACCGGCGCCCGAGCUGGCAUCGGCCUGGAAUACAUUAACCAACUAAGCAGAUCCCCAUCGAACACCGUCAUCGCCCUGGUCCGCUCCACUGCCCCUUCCACAGACCUCUCGGCCCUCGAAGCCAUCCGGUCCUCCAACACCGCCACGACGCACAUCCUCGAAUGCGACGUCUCCUCCGAGGCAUCCAUCACCACGCUCCCCGGCCGACUGUCAGCAGCUCUCAACAAGGGCCGCAGGACGCCGGCUAAAGUAGACUUCCUCAUCAACAAUGCCGCGACGCUGCAAUUUGCGCACCAGACGAGCCUGACGCUUGAUAAGACGGGGCUGGACGUGCACAUGGAGACCAACGUCCUCGGCCCGGCGAGGUUGGUGCAGGUCCUGCUACCCUUUUUGACAGCCAGGGACGAGGGCGAAAAGGACGGCGUAGAUGCUGCUUACGAGGGCGGAGGGAGGAUCGCCGCAGUGGUCGCCAACAUCACCUCCGGCGCGGGCAGCCUGGGCUGGACCAGCGACGGCCGCGUGGGGAUGCUGGCGGGCUAUUCCAUCAGCAAGGCGGCGCUGAACAUGCUGACGGUGCAUCAGGCUCGAGAGUUGAGGGGCCGAGGGAUCGUGGCGGUGGCUGUCGAUCCGGGUCAUGUCAAGACUGCUUCUGGCGGGCCUGGGGCGACGGUCGAGGUGGAGGAUAGUGCGGGGGGUAUAUUGUCUCUGUUGGCUGGGCUCAAGAGUGCUGAUAGUGGGGGGUUCUUUUUGUGCAAUGGGACGUCCGUCCCAUGGUAG